CCUACACAAUUCCAAUCCUGGCAUGUCAUUCGAUGAAGAAUCUAUACUGAGACGCAACAGGCCCAAUCGUGACGACAAGCAGCUUAACCGCCUCAGUUAUGUGUACCUUGUAGUGUAUUAUACAGUUAUGGUGUCAGAUUGGCUUCAAGGCCCUUAUCUUUACAAACUCUACCAGUCAUAUGGGUAUACAAUGCAAGCUAUUGCAUAUCUAUUUAUGACAGGAUUUGUAUCAGGAGCCAUCGCAGGAACCACCAUGGGAGGUUUGGCAGAUACGUGGGGAAGAAAGAAAAUGUGCUUAAUAUUCUGUCUUACUUCGUCCAUAUCGUUAUUCUUGCGAAUUGCAACUUUUAGCUUUCCCAUCCUGUUGGUGUCUCAUCUUCUAUCUGGGCUAUCUGCUGGAUUGUUGUUCACUGUGUUCGAAACCUGGCUUGUAGCUGAAUAUCAAGAUCUAGGACUUCCAUCGAGACUGCUGGACAGGUUAUUCGCCACCGCAACCUUUGGUAAUGGCCUGUGCGCGAUCUUCGCGGGGAUUGUAGCCAAUUGGGCAGUAGACUCACUCGGCAUCCAAGCUCCAUUUAUGGUCGCAAUUGGCUUUUCAAUAAUGGGAGCCUGUUUAAUAAGUGUACUUUGGAAAGAGAACUAUGGAAUAACCAAAGACAUGGGUGGCCAAUCACUGAAAGAGACAAUUGCUGAAGGGCUCAAUGUUCUUUUUCAAGACAAUAGAAUUUUCUCGCUAGGGCUCGCUCAAACGUUAUUUGAAUGUUCCAUGUACAUAUUUGUUCUGCUAUAUACCCCAGCAUUAGAGCAAGCGCUUGAGAAUCAAGAUGACUACGUGCCAUUCGGUUACCUGUUUUCUACUCUUAUGGUGGCUGUCAUGCUUGGUUCACAAAUAUUCCGCGUCCUGACGCAGAAAAAUCGGAUCUGGGGAAAGUCAAUAUUUAACUGGUCCAUUACAAAAGGUACAAUACUUUCCCUGACUCUGGCGAUAUCGGCUGGUUCCUUCGGGGCAAUGACAUUAUGGACCAAUAAUGUCAGAGUCCUUAUUCCUGCCUAUCAUGUAUUCGAGUUCUCAGUUGGUGGACUCUAUAUCCAUGACCAUGUUGUUUGCGAUUUGUGCAUGUAUGAAUGCUAUCGGGGCAAUCAUUGUCGGCAUACUGCUCCGAACAAUAUAGAAGUAGUGUGAUUUUAACUUGGUGCUCAUACAACCAACACCGAAAGCAUUUUGAGCGGCGUACCCAACAUCUUUUUU